GCAGACUCUUGCCUUCCUCCCUCUCUGCACCAAACGAUGGACCACUUUCCGACUAACUGGGGCCGUCCGCGCAACGAUGCGGCGGACCCGUACGGCACAUACCCCAUACACCAACGUCCAGCAACCAAGGACACCUUCGCCGAGGGUGUCCAGCGAACACAACAACCAAUCGUGACCGGUACAUCUGUUCUCGCCAUUCAGUACAGAGAUGGGAUUAUGAUGGCAGCAGACAACUUAGCUUCAUAUGGAUCCCUUGCCCGCUUUAAAGACAUCCAACGUCUGCACAAAGUUGGCACUUCCACCGUCAUCGGAGCGUCUGGCGACAUGUCCGACUUCCAAGCCAUACAAACCCUCCUCGACGAAGUCGUCACCGACGAGUUCACACAUGGAGACGGACACGACUUAGGUCCGGCCGAAGUCCAUGAAUACCUCUCCCGCGUCAUGUACUCCCGUCGUUCCAAGAUCAACCCUCUCUGGAAUUCCAUCCUCGUCGGCGGCUUCCGAGACGGCAAACGAUUCCUAGCCUACGUCGACCUCCUCGGCACGACCUACUCCGCACCCUCGAUCGCGACCGGCUACGGUGCCUACAUUGCCAUCCCCCUCCUCCGCGCUGCAGUCGACGGCCGCGUUGACGAGCUCACGGAGGAGAAUGCCCGCGCGCUCCUCCAUGACUGCAUGCGUGUCCUCUUCUACCGCGACGCCCGCAGUUUGGAUAAGUACCAAAUCGCGACCGUGAACGCCUCCGGAGUCCACAUCUCGGACCAGAUUCACCUCGACACCUCGUGGAGCUUCGCAGAGGGCAUUCGGGGAUACGGCGCGCAGACGCAGUAGAUAACCGGGUCUUGAUGUAGUAUCUGCGGCGGCAGCGGUGGGCCUGCGCCGUUGGUGUGUGUCUGUACCAGUAGUAGCAACGAACGCCACAGGACUCUUCCUUCCGC